AUGGAUGACAUACAAAAUAUCACACAAGGGAUGCACGAAUUGAAAUUUGGAGAGAUGGCAGGCUCUUUUCCUCAGGAAAUCAUACAAGAGAUCCUAAUUAGACUGCCCGUUAAAUCUCUGAUCAAAUGCACCUGUGUGUGCAAGACAUGGAAGUCCAUGAUCAUAAACCCAAGCUUUAUUCGCACCCACGUCAGCCCAGCAGUCCAGUUUGUUAACCAGAAUGACAUUCACCUACUACUCCACAGAGUUUCUGGUUUGCAGAUGACCACCUUCUUCGGCCAAACGGUCAUGUACAAGGUAAAUGACGAGGUUCUCUCUGUGCAUUAUGAUAACCAGGCUUUUGACCACUACUCCAAGAUAGAAUUUCCAGUUGCUACCCAGGGAAAAAAGCACAACUCGUAUAUUCGUGUGGUUGGCAUUUGUGAUGGGCUAUUCUGCCUUGCGGAUGAUAUGUUCCGUUAUUGUUACAACUUCUUCAUAUGGAACCCAGCCAUUAGAAAGUUUGUGACCAUUCCCUGGCCUAAUGUUAGAUUUGAUACGCAUGCUGGGUACGAUGCUUCGAUUGGAUUUGGUUUUGAUGCUACGACCAAUAACUAUAAGGUUGUGCGAGUUGUCACUUUAUUGGAUCAACACGGGACACCAACUCUCGCUGAGGUUUAUUCCCUGGCCACCGGCACAUGGACCAGUCUUGGUUGUGUUUCUCCUACCUGUCUAACAGAUGGACGUGCAUCCAGUGUUUUUUUCAAUGGGGUUCUUCAUUGGCCUGUAUUCUGUAAGACAAAUGGUGAUCUUUACUAUUUUAUAUUGACAUUUCACCUGGGCAAGGAGGUCUUCCGUAAGAUGCCUAUGCCGAAGAUUAUCAAAUGGAAAUUCGACUUGGGAAUGCAAUUGUCUGUUUCAGAUAACAGAAAAUCUAUUGCUCUGUUCACGAUGGAUAACAGGUUUGAAGAUUCUUUUCUUGAGAUAUGGAUGAUGAAAGAGUAUGGCAUAAAGGAGUCAUGGACCAAAUUGAUUACUCUUGGUCCACAAGGUCCAGAGAGACUUUUACCAAGGGCCUUAUGUUUUAGGAAGAGUGGUGAAGUACUGGUGCUUCUCACUGACAAAUCAAGGCAGGAACUAGUAUCACUAGACCUUGAGAGCAAACAAGCCUCCUCUUACUCGACAAGAGCAAUGCAGAGUCUUACUAAGAGGGAGAACAGAUUUGUAGUGCCGCAACGUCCUCUACCCGAUGUGCCUGAUGCGCAAUAA